CUUCUACAUUUUUGUUCCUCUAUUCCUACUCAUAUAGAAUACUAAGAUUUAUAUUUUAAUUUCAAGUAAUACAAUUACUUUUAUGUCAAAAUUAGGGAAUAUUAGUAGGUAAAUUCGCCCUCUUCUAUAUUAACAUGCUUUCAGUCGUUGUCAACUCAACUCCCUACUUUUAACACCUACAAUUUUAAUGUUAAAUAAUGCGACUUAAUUCACUUAAUUGCCUCCACAAAUCGGAAAUACAAACAGCAGUGGUGGUGGUGGUGGCCCGCCAGAAAGCGGAUGAUGCGAUACUUAUAUGCCGCCGGUGACACCAACCUCACCCUCACCUUCAUCGAUUCUUUUUCUCUCCGAUAUUUGAAUUUCAGCAAUUUCUAUCCAAUGUUUUCAGAUUUUCAAAACACCAGCUGUUAAUUGAUUCCCGAUCAAAUAUACGAAGCUUUCAUCACUUUCAACUGAGAAAUGCUGUGCAGAGGAAACUCGAUAAAGUGCCGGAAAGAAGGAUCGGUGCCGGUAUACCUCAAUGUAUAUGAUCUCACCUCCAUGAAUGGCUACGCUUAUUGGCUAGGUCUCGGUGUCUAUCAUUCCGGCGUCCAAGUUCAUGGAGUUGAGUAUGCGUUCGGAUGUCAUGAGCAAGCGACGACAGGGAUCUUCGAGGGAGAACCGAAACAAUGCGAAGGAUUUACUUUCAGGAAGCAGAUUCUGAUCGGAUGGACGGAGAAGAAUCUGAGAGAAGUGAGAAGAAUCAUGGAAGAUCUUGCUGAAGAUUACAAAGGCAUUUCAUAUAAUCUCAUUACCAAAAACUGCAACCACUUCUGCAAUGACGUUUGUGUUAGACUCACCGGAAACUCGAUCCCUAGUUGGAUCAAUCGACUCGCCAGAAUCGGUUUUCUAUGCAAUUGUAUAAUUCCGGCGAGUAUAAGCUCGAUCAAAGUCGGAAUUGAAGAUAACAAAGUGCACAACGAAGGAGAAAUGAAAAAGCUGAGAAGCCGUUCCAGCAGGUUCACCUCGUCUUCGAGUUGUUCACCGGCGUCGGAAAAUUCGCCGUUGACAUCUCCCACAGUUGCUCCGACGACAGGUCAUAGAACCACAUCUUCUCUCCCUCCACCUUCACCUUUGAUUCUCGAUUCUCCCAAAUCCUAACAGAUUUUUAAUUUUUCAUUCCAUUUUUCAAUCAAACUGUUCUUCGUUUAAAUUUUUUGUUCAUUCAUGUUUUUAAUUGAUUUAUUUUUCUCCUCCAUUGAAUCUGUUAACAAGAUUUCCACCUUGAAUACAUUUGGAAGAAUGAUUCUUAUGAAUCAAUCUACAAUCUCUGAAUCAAUCACGAUUGUUCGUUCUUUGAGCAACAUGGGGAUCUUCUUUGUAGAACACAUGAUGCAAUGAAUGCAAAGGACAAGGCCAAUACGCAUGAUAUAUAGUAGAUUGUCCUUUAUGUUGGCUUUCUUCGUAUUAAUUCUUUAUUAUGAUUGUCAUGUAUUACUUGGGUCCCAUUUAAUGAUGCGAAAAAGAUAUGUAAGGUCCAUUUAAUGAUGAAAAAGAAAGAAAUAAGCCACACUAAUGAUAUAAAAGCCAAAAUAGUAAAAUAAUAAGAUAUGUAGGUUAAAAUCGAGUGUAAUAUUUAGGUUAUUAUUUAAACUUUAAUGAUGAC